CGCCCCGCCUCCCGCAGCAGCAGCAGGCAGAGCCCAGAGCAGCCCAUGUUGGCUGGAGGCUGCUCCUUCCUUUCUGCCUGUCUCCCGCUCCAGACGAGGAGCCGCGGCCCGGAGGUUUCAUUUCUCCCACUGCCUCCAACUGGCUGCGGGGGGGAAAUCUGCUCCUCCCGCCCACUGCCGCCGCGUGUCUCUCGUGAAACUCGCAGCCGCAUUUGCAAAUAUUAACCCACGAGAGGAGGGGCAACGAGACACAACAGCACCUGCCCCUCCCCGCGCCGCCACCUCCUCCCUGCUCUGAGCCCAGUGCCCGGGGGCGCGGCGAGCCCAACCCACCGAGCGCGGCUCGGCUCGGCUCGGCGCUCCCGCGGGAGGCGGAGAGACACCCGCUGGGGACGCGGCCGUGGCCCUCACAUCCCCAUUCGCUUUGCCACCUCCCUGCGUGGGACGCGUCUGCUCCGGAGCCCUGCGGACGCGCUGCCUUUGCUGGCCGGCCGGCGGCUGGUGCCGCGGGGAUCCGGGGCUGGCGAGAGGCGCAAGCCCGCCAGCGUUCGCAGGGGACCAGGUGCGGCCGGGAGGGUGUCGUUUCCCUGCCCCGCUCCUUCCUCCUCGCCCGCCCGGCCGCUGCCGCGCUGACCAUGGCCGGAUGUUGCUUAUCCGCGGAGGAGAAAGAGUCGCAGCGGAUCAGCGCGGAAAUUGAGCGGCAGCUGCGCCGGGAUAAGCGGGACGCGCGCAGGGAGCUCAAGCUGCUGCUGCUGGGAACAGGAGAAAGUGGAAAGAGCACCUUUAUUAAACAGAUGAGGAUUAUUCAUGGGUCAGGUUACACAGAUGAAGAUAGGAAAAGCUUCACAAAACUGGUUUAUCAAAACAUAUUUACUGCCAUACAAGCUAUGAUCAGAGCUAUGGAUACUCUAAAAAUACCAUACACAGCUGAGCAAAACAAGGAAAAUGCUCAGCUGAUCCAAGAAGUAGAGGUGGACAGAGUAACAGCGCUAGAAAGAAAACAAGUGGAAGCAAUCAAGAAGCUCUGGGCAGAUCCAGGAAUCCAAGAGUGCUAUGAUAGACGGAGAGAAUACCAGCUCUCAGACUCUGCUAAAUAUUACCUUACUGACAUUGAUCGUAUUGCCUUGCCCUCAUUUGUGCCAACUCAGCAAGAUAUUCUCAGAGUCAGAGUGCCUACUACAGGAAUUAUUGAGUAUCCUUUUGAUUUAGAAAACAUUAUCUUUAGAAUGGUGGAUGUAGGUGGCCAGAGGUCUGAAAGAAGGAAAUGGAUUCACUGUUUUGAAAGUGUUACCUCCAUCAUUUUCUUAGUUGCACUAAGUGAAUACGACCAGGUCCUGGCUGAAUGUGACAAUGAGAAUCGAAUGGAAGAAAGCAAGGCCUUAUUUAAAACUAUCAUCACGUACCCAUGGUUUCUGAACUCUUCAGUCAUUCUGUUCUUAAACAAAAAAGAUCUUCUAGAAGAGAAAAUCAUGUACUCCCAUCUAAUCAGCUAUUUCCCAGAAUACACAGGACCUAAACAAGAUGUGAAAGCUGCCAGAGAAUUCAUUUUGAAGCUGUAUCAGGACCAGAAUCCAGACAAAGAGAAAGUAAUCUAUUCACACUUCACUUGUGCCACAGAUACAGAGAAUAUCCGCUUUGUCUUUGCUGCUGUCAAAGACACUAUCCUACAGCUAAACCUGAGGGAGUUCAACCUGGUGUAAAGGAGAAACCCUGCUUGGAUCCAUCUACUCACCCAGUAUAGACUACUUAAAACAUUGCUAGUGUAUUCUAAAACAAUUCCACAAAAGAUGGAAUGACACAGAUACAAACAGAGGAGUUCUUUGAAACAAUUUACUUACAGAAACAGAGAUGGUUCCCAUACAUUUGCUGAUCUUGAAAUAUUUACUGAAGAGAAGUGGAUUAAUAGAACUUUAAGGAAGAACUUACAAUGUUUACAAUUUUUUAAACUAUACAUUUUAAAUAUUGUUUUUAUAUUUCCUUUCUUAAUUUUGGCUGUGAGAUUUUGUGACAACUGUGGUUCAAAGGUAUUUAAGAAAAAAUAUUUUAUAGAACUAUAUAUAAAUCCAUUGCCAUUCAUCUGUUUUCUUAGGGUUUUUUAUUGCAUUUCGUAAUCAUGAAAAUUAUAGUAGGAAAUUUUAACCUGAGAUGCCUUAGAAAUGAUAGUGAUGCUGUUUUAGAAUGCUAGAUAUUGUAAGAUUUAUCAUUUAAGUUAGAAUGAACUAUUAGUAUUUUAAUGAAUUUGGGGCCAUAUAUUAAAUUUAAUCAUU